CUACUAACUUCAAGUUUGUGACUGCCUUGUAAUUUAAUCCUUGACUUCCUGAGUGGGGCCGUCACUCCCCCCUCCCCACCAAAAACAGAGAGAGAGAGACACACACACACACACACCAACGUACUUUCAGUUCGAUUCUAGCCAUUCAGACAUUGUGGGAAGAAAGCCAUUGAGACGGGAGAUGUUUCGAAUCUUAUUGGAGACAGUGCUGACCCCAGGAUCCCAAGGGUCGAAGGAGGAAGUGGUGGAUUCAGCGGGGGGCCUCGAGAUCCCCGAGGCUCGCAGCCCUGGGGAGCACUGGGAAAAACAUCCCAACAAAAUCCAGAGGGAAGAGAAAGGGAACUCCUACGUCCAGCGCCAACACUUCCGCCAGUUCCGCUAUCGGAAAUGCGCCGGGCCCCGCGGGGUUUACAGCCAGCUCCACGACCUGUGUUGCCAGUGGCUGAAGCCAGGACAGCACACCAAAGCUGAGAUCCUGGACCUGGUGAUCCUAGAGCAGUUCUUGACUAUCCUGCCUCCCGACAUGAAGAGCUGGAUCAGAGAAUGCGGCGCCGAGACCUGUUCACAGGCGGUGGCCCUGGCGGAAGGCUUCCUCUUGAGCCAAGCGGAUGACAGGAAGCCGAAAAUGCAGGGCCUGAUUGUGGAUGCUUCUAACGAUUUCCCCAAAAUUAAGAAGGAGACUCCCUCAGACGCAGAACAGAGAGAGUUCUUCAAGCAGAUCUUAGAGAAUGAAGAUGCCGUAUUGCAGGGUAAGAAUCCAAGAGGUAGAUAGAUAGAUAGAUUUGUGGUGGUCUUCCGUCUUU